AGUUAGCAAAUAGUGCCUAUGGUUGAAAAUAGUAAAAUCAAUAAUUUGUUGAUUAUUAGUGUCUGUUUCUUUUGUUUUUCUAUCUGUAAGGGUGUAAGUUUAAAUCAAACGUAGAUCCUUGAAAGUAUUAAAGCUAUUUCUUAAAGAUGUCUUCUGGGAGUGAAAGCGAUGAUGAUUAUGUACCGGGAGAGCCGGAAAAAGUGUCGGAGGAAGAAUCAGCAGAUGAUGAAACUGACUUACAAUUUGAAAAAGAACUUGAACACAAAACAAACAAACGAAAAUCUACACAAUCAUGUAAGGGUAAAAAGAAAAAAAUUAAAAAAACCGUUAAAGAAGUUGCUUCUGACUCAAAUGAAGAAAUAGAAGAAAAGUCAAUAGUGCUGGCAGACCCAGAGGAAGAAAAAAAACGACAGGAUGAUUUAUGGGCAAAGUUUUUAGAGGGAACAGACACUAAACCUAAAUCUGCAACAAAAGAUUUAAAUGAAACACAAACAGUAGUUAAAAACACAGAAUCUAAAAAAGAGGAAAAUGUUAAAAAUACUGCAGAUGAUAAAGAAAGGGAAAGACGAAUAUUUGAAUUUGCUGGAGAAACUAUUGUUGUUGAAAAUGAGACAAUCAAAGAAAAAAUUAAAACACAAGAGAGCACAGAGAAGGCACAAAAGUUAGAUGGACCAUCACGAAGUCGUGGAGGGGGAUUGUCAAAUCUGUUGGGUCAGUUAAAUAAAAAAAACCAACUGUCAACUCUUGAAAAAUCUAAACUUGAUUGGAAUACUUAUAAAAAAGUGGAAGGAAUAGAAGAAGAAAUCGUAAACCAUAAUAAGGGAAAGGCUGGGUAUUUGGAUCGCCGAGACUUUUUGGACAGAACAGAUGUACGUCAGUAUGAGCUAGAGCGGGAUUUGCGAAUGAGUAAACGAAGCAAUCGAUAAAUAAAAGCAAUCAAUGUUUACUAUUAUACUCACUAUGUUAUAAGAUUUUAAUUUGUAGUCGUCACUGUCAACUUAAUAAAAUAAUCUGGUGGAAA